AUGAUGGAUGAGCCGUGGUGGGAAGGGCGCGUCGCCUCGGACGUCCACUGCACCCUGCGCGAGAAGGAGCUGAAGCUGCCUACCUUCCGAGCCCACUCCCCACUCCUGAAGAGCCGCCGGUUCUUAGUUGACAUCUUGACCCGGCUGAGCAGCCACUGCCAGCUCUGCCCCGCUGCCCGGCACCUGGCUGUCUACCUGCUGGAUCACUUCCUGGAUCGCUAUGACAUCACCACCUCCAAGCAGCUCUACGCCGUGGCGGUCUCCUGCCUCCUGCUCGCAAGUAAGUUCGAGGAUCGGGAAGACCACGUCCCCAAGCUGGAGCAGAUAAACAGCACCAGGAUCCUGAGCAGCCAAAACUUCUCCCUCACCAGGAAGGAGCUGCUGAGUACAGAGCUGCUGCUGCUGGAGGCCUUUGGCUGGAACCUCUGCCUGCCUACGCCUGCCCACUUCCUCGACUACUACCUCUUAGCCUCCGUCAGCCAGAAGGACCACCACUGCCACAGCUGGCCCACCACCUGCCCCCGCAAGACCAAAGAGUGCCUCAAGGAGUAUGCCCACUACUUCCUAGAGGUCACCCUGCAAGAUCAUAUUUUCUAUAAAUUCCAGCCUUCCGUGGUGGCUGCAGCCUGCGUUGGGGCCUCUAGGAUUUGCCUUCAGCUUUCUCCCUAUUGGACCAGAGACCUGCAGAGGAUCUCAAACUACUCCCUGCAACAUCUCAGCACGUGCAUCGAAAUCCUGCUGGUAGCAUAUGACAACGUCCUCAAGGAUGCCGUUGCUGUCAAGAGCCAGGCCUUGGCAAUGGUGCCCGGCUCACCCACCCAGGUGCUGUUCCAGCCACCCGCCUACCCGGGCCUCAGCCAGCCGUCAGCAACGGCGCUGGCCCAAUUCCAGGCCCCCGUGCAGGACCUGUGCUUGGCCUAUCGGGACUCGCUGCAAGCCCACCGCUCGGGGACCUUGCUCUCAGGGGGCACCAGCUCAUCCCUCCACGCCCUGUACCCCACCCUCCAGCCCCUGGACGUGUGUCCUGUGCCGCUGCCCGCGUCCUUCAGCAUGCAGAUGGCGAUCGCAGCCGAGCCCAGGCACUGCCUCGCCGCCACCUAUGGGAGCAGUUACUUCAGUGGGGGUCAUGCAUUCCCCGCAGGCUGUUUUGAUAGAUAG